AUGGGAAGGUACGCGAGGAAGCGCGACGGAUCAGGAGAGGUGGCGGCGGCGGCCAAAAGGAGGAGGAAAACGGCAUCAGGAGGAUCGGAGGAAUCGACAUCCUCCGCGGAGCUCAAAACGCGUCGCUCAGACGCGCCGGCGAAUUCGUGUGACUCGAGCUGCGAGAACGUUGAUAUCUCCGGCAGCGCUUUAGCCUCAUGCUGCUCGAGCAGCGGAUUGAGCGAGCCGGCCGACAUGAGCCCGGAGUUUGCAGAUCUGGAGAAAAAUGCCGUGGUUGUGAAGUUUUGCGCGACAUCAUCUGAGCAUACGGCGGAGUUCAGAGACAGGAGAGAGAAUCCGCCGCCGCGUGAGGCUCAAACCGAGUCGGGCGAGCUGGAGUCGCCGCCCCAUGCGUCUGAUUCCGUGGGUAUUCCCACGGCGGAGAUAAUUCCGACAGAGGCCGAGCUCGACGAAUUCUUUUCCGCGGCCGAGCAGAAUAUCCGGCAACAAUUCAUCCAGAAGUACAACUAUGAUAUAGCGAAGGACGAGCCGUUAGAAGGGCGCUAUGAAUGGAACCCCAGUAGAGCUGAAGGCAACCAAACUAAUCUGAAGCUUAUUAUUAAUUAA